ACAGGAAGAGCUGCUGCUGUUUAAACAAGAGCUCAACAUAUAUAUAUAUAUAUAUAUAUAAAGCAGAAGACGAGUGUCAGACACACAGAAUGGCUGAUAGGAGUCCUCUGUUUCUGCUGCUCAUCUUCUGGACACUCAGCACAGGUGUGUUUGGAGCAGAAUGGCGUCAGGUGUCCUGCAGUUCUGGACAAACUGUUCAUCUGCCCUGUAUUAAUACUGUUCAGCACUGCAGACCAUCAGAAACUACAUGGCUCUACAGCAAAGACAACCAGGCAGUUGAGCUGAUUAGUUUUGGGGUAAAGAAGAGAAACUCAGAGAGACUGAAUCUGGGCUCUGACUGCUCUCUGAACAUCAGUAGAGUCACAACAGAAGAUGCUGGAUAUUACACCUGUCAACAGUGGAGUGGAGAAGGAGGACACCAGUAUGGAACUUAUGCACGUGUGUUGCUGCAUGUUGUUGCUGUCUCUCCAUCAUCAUCAUCAUCAUCAUCAUCAUCUGAUAUUUGUCCAGCUGAAGCUAAAACAACAACAGCAGCAGCAGUGACUCCAGUUCACAACAAAAACCCCAAAACAGAAAAACCCAGAGCGGCUUCACCAGCUGAAGCUCAAAUACCAGCAGCAGUGACUCUAGUUUACAACACAACCAGUCCACAAUCUUCAUCAGCAGUGAGUGUGAUUGUUGCUGUCGUCGCUGUGUUUGCUCUUCUGUUUUCUGCUCUUAUUGUCUGGCUGAUUCACAACAGAUUAGCUGAUGAUGAAGAAGAGGACUGUGACUCUUCUCUGCUGACGUCUGUGGUGUUUUCAGAGACUCCAGCAGAACACAUGUGGAAGAGAAUGAAAUAUUCAGUCUAGAGUUCAGAGCUCAUGGACAAACUCAGCAGCUGAAGUGGAGAUGUUUGCAGCUUUCAGAGGUUUUAUUCAUGUUUAAUUGUGUCUUUAGGUUUGUUCACUGUUCUUUACAUCAUUCAUAUUGUCAUUGUGUGAUCAGAGAAUACGCUGAGUUAGUUUGAUAGUUUGGCAGAAUCCCAGUGUCUGCUGUCCUGAUCUAUUUCUUUUGUUUGAUCAUGUUUACUUUCAUGUGUGUGUAUUGUGAGCUUCACAGUGAUGCAGUGGGUAGCAUGAUCGCCUCACAGCAAGAAGGUCACUGGUUUGAGUCCCGGCUGGGUCAGUUGACGUUUCUGUGUGGAGUUUGCAUGUUCUCCCCGUGCUGGCGUGGGUUUCCUCCAGGUACUCUGGUUUCCCCUAAGCCAAAAAGAGAAUGAAAGUAAGAAUGAAUGUGUGUAUUGCCUCUUCUUGUUGAAUCUCUGAAUGCCUCCUGAAUUGUAAGUUUGGACUAAAGCCUCAAUGUAAAUGUAAUAUCAACUGAACUGACUGUUGAAUAAAUAAUACUAAUAUUAA